AUGAUCUACGAAGGGGUUCGGCAUCGCUACAAGAAGGUCAUUACCCCAAGGGAGAUCCAGCCGUGGGAGGACUCAUGCAUCGGAGCCUUCCAGGGCCUCGUCAACGGCCUCGUCCUCACGCCCAUCGACACGAUCAGGUCGCGCAUCAUGUUACAGGGGGCAGGAGGAGCCGUCGGCGGCAAGACAAGGAAGGAGGCUGUGGGGAAGAGCGAGGGAGUAGUGCAGGUGUGGAUGGCAUUGAGAGGAGCUGUCUUCUUCACGGCCCUCGAGCUCGCGAAGAAAACGCUGGGAGUGUCUUCCAGUUGA